AUGGCUUCUCUCUUCAAGGAUCUAACGAAGUUGUCAGCUUAUAGAGACAGGAGGUUUCCUGGUAAUCAAGAAGAGUUUGAACAAGCACUUCUAGCCUCAACAACUGUCUACAUUGGUAACAUGUCUUUUUAUACUACUGAAGAGCAAGUUUAUGAGCUGUUCACUCGAGCUGGAGAGAUUAAGAAGAUAAUCAUGGGUUUGGACAAGAACACUAAAACCCCAUGUGGGUUUUGUUUUGUCUUAUAUUACUCUAGAGAAGACACUGAGGAUGCAGUGAAGUUUAUAAGUGGGACCAUUCUUGAUGAUCGUCCAAUUCGUGUGGAUUUUGAUUGGGGUUUUCAAGAAGGAAGGCAAUGGGGUCGUGGUCGAAGUGGUGGACAGGUGCGAGAUGAAUAUCGGACAGACUAUGAUCCUGAUAUCCUUUAUCUUUUUGUAGGUGGUUAUGGAAAAUUAGUUCAGCGAGAGUUGGAAGCACAAAGACAGCUUGUCGAUUAUGGUGCUGGUUCAUUGGGUUCUUUCCCUCCGGUCAUGCCGCCAACUCAUUAUAACAGACGUGGUGGAGGGCACAACCAAGGUGGUUCCCAUCGUCAGGAAGCAGAUUACCACCAUCGAAAGCGGUACAGAGAGGAUGACCGACAUCCACGUGAGUCUUCAAAGAGAACCACAGAUCAUGAAUCCAGGAGGAACUCUGAUCCCGACUCACGACCGGAGAAGAAUCCACGUUUUCGUGAAAGCGCCAACUCUGAUGAUGAAGAGGAAGAUGAUAAGCAACAACGACCUUAA